AUCGCAGGGACUCCAGGAAGUCAUGCAGAGCCUAGAGCCAUGAAGGACUGUUCAGAUAUCAUCCUCUGUGUGGAGGCGGCAGAGCUGAGCAAGACUGAGUUCUGCAAUCCUGCUUUCGAGCCUGAAUCAGGGCCUCCUUGCCCUCCACCUGCCUUCCAGGAGGCCGCCAACUGCAGCAUCCGAGCUCCCUGGCACGGUCGGCGUCCCCGAGGGCUGCAGCCAGACUGCCACUUCUCCUGGCUGUGUGUCCUCCUGCUGGCUGGCCUGCUGCUCCUGCUGCUCGGGCUGCUGGUGGCCAUCAUCUUGGCCCAAUUGCAGGCAACACCCCCAUCCGGGGCCUCCUAUCAUCCACUGCCUUCCCGAGGCCUUGCCACCACUGGCACCACCCCCACUACCAUCUUUCAAGCAACUGGGACCCCUAAAGGGCCACAGGAGUCAGGCGUGAGCCCCAAGCCCCAGUCCACCUGUGGGGGCCUCCUUCCUGGCCCAAGGGGCUUCUUCAGCAGCCCCAACUACCCAGACCCUUACCCACCCAACACCCACUGCGUGUGGCAUAUCCAGGUGGCCACAGACCAUGCAAUACAGCUCAAGAUUGAAGCUCUCAGCAUGGAGAGUGUGGCCUCUUGUCUUUUUGAUCGCUUGGAAAUAUCCCCUGAGCCUGAAGGCCCUCUCCUCAGAGUGUGUGGGAGGGUGCCUCCCCCCACACUCAACACCAAUGCCAGCCACCUCCGGGUGGCCUUCGUCUCUGAUAGCAGCGUGGAAGGAUCUGGCUUCCAUGCCUGGUACCAGGCUGUGGCCCCCGGGUAUGGGAGCUGUGCCCACGACGAGUUCCCCUGUGACCAGCUCGUCUGCCUGCUACCUGACUCAGUGUGCGAUGGUUUUGCCAACUGCGCUGAUGGCAGUGAUGAGACCAACUGCAGUGCCAAGUUCUCGGGGUGUGGGGGGAAUCUGACUGGGCUCCAGGGCACUUUCUCUGCUCCCAGCUACCUGCAGCAGUACCGUCACCAACAGCUUUGCACCUGGCAUAUUUCGGUGCCCACUGGACAUGGCCUGGAACUGCUGUUCCACAACUUCAGCCUGGAAGCUCAGGAUGAAUGCAAGUUUGACUACGUGGAGGUGUAUGAGACCAGCAAGUCAGGGGCUCUCAGCCUCCUGGGCAGGUUCUGUGGGGCAGAGCCGCCCCCCCGCCUCAUCUCCUCGCACCACCAGCUGGCCGUGCUUUUUAGGACAGAUCAUGGCAUCAGCAGCGGCGGGUUCUCAGCCACCUACCGGGCCCUCAAUGCCACAGAGAACCCCUGUGGACCCAGAGAGUUCUCCUGCGGGGACGAAGGGUGUAAGAGUCUGCAGUGGAUGUGUGGCAUGUGGAGAGACUGCGCAGAGAGCAGUGAUAACAACUGCAGCAGCCCCCUGUUCCCACCCCUAGAGUUGGCCUGUGAGCCUGUCCAGGUGGAGAUGUGCAUCGGUCUGAGCUACAAUACCACGGCCUUCCCUAACAUCUGGGUGGGCAUGGCCACCCAGGAGGAGGUGGUGGAGGUCCUCAGAGGUUACAAGAGCCUGACCAGUCUGCCCUGCUACCAGAAUUUCCGGAGGCUCCUUUGCGGGCUGCUUGUGCCCCACUGCACCCCGCUAGGCAGUGUCCUUCCCCCUUGCCGCUUUGUCUGCCAGGAGGCAGAACGCCAGUGCCAGUCUGGCCUGGCACUACUGGGCACCCCCUGGCCCUUCAACUGCAACAGGCUGCCUGAGGCAGCUGGCCUGGAGGCUUGUGCUCAGCCCUGA